AUGUGGAAGGUCAACAAUCCGGAAUUGCCGGAUAACCGAAGUAUGGCGCUUAGCCGCCUUUUUCAAAUUGAACGUCGCUUCAAAAGAGACCCCAGCUACGCCAAACGUUACGACGAUGUCAUUCAAGAGUACAUCAACCUUGGCCAUGCUCGACUCUUAUCUACUGAAGAAGCAAAAGGGAGAACACCAAAGACAAAUUACAUGCCUCAUCAUGGUGUUCAGAGCUCAACGAGCUCGACGACAAAAACAAGAGUGGUCUUCGACGGUUCGGCGGAGUGUGAAGGCACUUCCUUGAAUAAAAAUCUUCUUCGUGGUCCAAACUAUCUCCUGAACUUGCUGGGAAUAAUCUUGCGCUUCCGCAAGCACAAAAUUCCCAUCAGCAGUGACAUCGAAAAGAUGUAUCAUCAGGUUUUGGUUCCAGAAGAGGAUCAAGAUGCCUUUCGAUUUUUGUACCGGUCACCAAACAGCACGUCGCCACCGCUCACCUACAGGAUGACAGUCCACGUCUUUGGAGCCGUCUCUUCACCGUCAACUUGUUUGUUUGCGUUAAACAAAACAGCGGAAGACCACAAAACGAAAUUUCCAGAUGCAGCAGCCAGCGUAAAAACAAGCUUUUACGUCGACAACUAUCUGGAUUCGUUCGAGUCAGAAGAUGAGGCAAUCAAACGGGCCCGCCAGCAAAAGGAACUGUUGCAGCUGGGGGGUUUUAAUCUCACCAAGUGGUCAUCGUCGUCAAGAAAAGUCCUGGCAGCGCUCAAACCCUUAGGCCUGGCUAAUCCGAAAUUGGAUUUAGACCUGGACAAAUUGCCUAUGGAUCGAGCCCUAGGGAUUCUUUGGGACAGUGAAAUUGACGCGUUCACUUUCAAGGUGGGAGAAAGGGUCCAGUUACACGCCACACCUACGAAAAGGAAUCUCGUAAGUGUAGUGGCCACAGUAUACGAUCCGCUUGGAUUCGUUGCUCCAGUAGUAUUCGCCAUGAAGAUUUUGACUCAAGAGGUAUGGCGAGCCAAGCUAGAUUGGGAUGAAGAGCUGCCCGAACCUUUGAAAUGCCAAUUUCAACAAUGGUGUCAAAACUUGUCUAACCUAGCACGCAUCACAGUUCCUCGAUGCUUAGUAAAGGAAGAGCGCCCAACAACCCAGCAAGUGCACAUCUUUGCCGACGCCAGUCAACUAGGGUUCGGAGCAGUCGCAUAUGUGCGAACAACUUACGCUAGGGAAAGGGUUGGCGUAUCUUUCAUCAUGGCCAAAACGCACGUCGCGCCGUUAAAGCAGCUUUCAAUCCCUCGGCUUGAACUUCAAGGAGCCGUCGAAGCCUUGCAGCUGGCCAUAAUAAUUUGCCGUGAAAUGAACCUGGAGCUGAGUCAAAUCACGUUUCACGUCGACUCUCAGACAGUUCUUAGAUGGAUCCAUUCUUCCAACGUCAAAUACGAGGUGUUUGUGGGAAAUAGAAUUGGAAAGAUUCUAAUGAACACCGACUGUCGACAAUGGCGCCAUGUUCCAGGAGUCAUGAAUCCAGCAGACGUUUGGCGCAGAGGAUUGGAUCCCGACAACCUCAAGGAAUUGCAGCAGUUUCACGAAGGGCCAGCCUUUCUGUUGUUGGAACCUUCAUCAUGGCCAAAAUGGGAUCAGAUCGAGCACAACGACCAUCAAGAUCCCGAAGCCAUGCACAUCUACACAAUAAAAACGGAGCCCAUUGACAAUGUGAUCGACCAGUGCGUAGAAUAUUAUUCAAACAAAGUGCGUCUGGAACGAGUGCUUGCGUGGUGUUUACGUUUCAUUUUAAACUGUUGUGCCAGAGUGAAGAAUUUAAAGUUGACUUCAGGAGAACUGACGCCAACCGAAACUGAAGCAGCUUUGGCAACGUGCAUUCAACGUGCACAAGAAGUGGCAUACCCCGAAGAUGUGUUGUUCUUAGAAAGGGGAAAAGAACUGCCAAACCGGUCGAAACUCAAACAGUUUCGACCAUUCAUCGAUGAACAACACCUGAUGCGAGUGGGCGGUCGAAUUGGCCAACAACCUGUAGACUAUGCAACAAGACAUCCAGUGAUUUUACCUCCAGAGAAACGUAUCACAAGUCUAAUAGUCUGGGACGCUCACGUGCGAAAUUACCACAUGAAGGCCGAGCGCUUAUUGUGCGAACUUCGAUCAAUGUAUUGGAUACCUUCUGGACGAAGAGUAAUCAAGUCCAUACUCAACAAGUGUAUUCCUUGCAAGCGGAGAAAUGCGCAACCAGUCGCACCACUCAUGGCUCAGCUACCAGUCCAUCGCAUAACGCCUUUCUUGCCUCCAUUCGCCCAUACAGGAGUCGACUAUUUUGGUCCACUUACUGUCAAAGUAGGAGGGAGAGGGCGACGGCACGAAAAAAGAUGGAUUUGCCUUUUUACGUGUCUCACAACCCGAGCAGUACAUCUAGAAGUGACUGCUAGCCUCAGUGCAGAGGCAUUUUUAAUGGCCUUCUCUCGAUUCUCCAGCAUACGGGGAAAGCCAGUCGUUGUGUAUAGCGACAACGGCACAAAUUUUGCUGGAGAAAGGGAGUUGAACGAGGCAGUCGAAGAACUGAACAACAGCAAAGACUACCUGGAAGCACAAUUAACUUGUCGACACAUUGAGUGGCGUUUCUCUCCGCCAAGUGGACCUCACUUCGGGGGAGUGUGGGAAAGGCUCGUGCAAUCGUGCAAAAGAGCUAUGAAAGUGACUCUCAGAAAUAGUGUCGUCAGUGAUCAAGUCUUAAAUACUGUUGUGGCUGAAAUCGGGGCAUUGCUUAAUGCUCGACCGCUGACUCAUCUCAGCGUAAACCUCGAAGAUCCCGACCCUCUCACUCCGAACCAUUUCCUACAUGCCAGACCAAUGCCGUACAUCCCACUGGCAUACGUCGAUCUUGACAACGUAGACAUUUUAAGAAACCAGUUUCUACAUAGUCAACUUAUUGUCAACCACUACUGGAAAAGAUGGAUUACCGAAUGUUUACCUCACCUCACCGAAAGGAAAAAAUGGGCCACGAGUCACAAGAACAUCGAAGUGAACGAUAUUGUACUUGUUGUCGAUCCAUUAAACCCUCGGGGGCAGUGGCCAUUGGAAAAGGUAGUCGAAAUUUUACCUAGCACGUCCGACAAUGUAGUACGUGUAGCUAAAGUAAAAAUUUCCGGCGCAAAAAAUACCUUAACUCGUCCUGUAACUAGAUUAUGCGUGUUGUUAACGCAAAACGAAAUCACAUCUGAAACGGGCCAACCACUGCCAAACUCACUUAAAAGUGAAGAAAGGGAAGAAAAAUCCAUCCAAUUACCGUAA